UUUCCUCGUAGUUUGGGGAUUUCGUAGAAAAUCAUUAUUUUUUAAUAAAAAUCUCGCAACUCCCAAGCUGGCACCACCGCACCUCGGCGAGACGGCGACCGUCACCCUCGUGCCGUCGUCGUCGCCGGCGAUGGCGUCCCAGCAACCGCCUCCACCGCAUGAGUUCGACCUAGAGGCCUUUGUCCCGUCGUCUCCCGCCUCCGAAGCCGACGCCGAUCACCGCCGCGCCGUCGACGACCUGCUCCUCAUCCUCUCCUCGUCCGAUUCCGACGACGAGCCAACCCCUACACCCAGCACCAACCACGAAAUCCUGACCCGUAUCAAAGCCCCGCCGCCGCCCGCUAAACCUUCCCCAUCUCCUCCGCCAUCGCCUUCCGCGUCCCCCGGGAGAUCCGCAUCGCCGUCGGCGGCGCUCUCCUCCCUCGUCUCGAGAACCUUUUCCAAUAGUGCUGCCUCAUCGUCCACCUCCUCGCUGAAGCCGCUCCCCUCGCUCUUCCGGGGUGUCCGCCCCCGCCCCAAACCCGGCGCCGCCUUUGCUGCGGCGGCGGCCGCCGCGUCCCGCGCUGUUCUCAGCCCGCACGCCGCUGCAAUUAGGUCGCGGCGCACCGCCUCUGCGCCCAUAGAGAAGAAGCUCCUCGACCAAGCCUCCCAGGCAGAAGUAGCUGACGAGGUCAGUGAGGAAGUGGUUGCUAGGGCGACCGAGGAAACUGUCGGCGGUAAUGGGGUUGAAGAAUUGGAAGAGGACAGACACGGCGAAGUGGGGACUGAAGAGAAUUCCGAGCCCUCUGAAUCGGUGGACGUAGGCAAUGCCGAUUCUGUUGCCGCGGAGAAUCUCAAUGUGCAGGAGCAACUUGGGAGUCAAAUUUGGCUUGUUGAUGAGGAAAACAGUGAUGAGCAAAUUAGGGACGGAAAUUUAGUGGAACCUGGUGAGAUUGUGGAUCAGGAUGGGUCAGUGUCCGAUGAGAAGACUGAUGAUGGGCUGGAAGUUGAACUUUCUGACACUGAUUUGGAAGAGCAAGUGGAAUCUGAGGGGAUCAUCGAUAAGGUGGUCGAAGAGAGGAUGGAGAUGAGCAGGAUGGCUGAAAAAUACGCGGAGGAAAGGCAAAAUGCGCCGAUGAAACCAUUGGAGCGGGCUGAGGAGCUCGAGAAGAGGCAGGCCUCGUUUGGGCAGCACUGGGAGGAGGGAGCAGCAGCGCAACCCAUGCGCCUGGAGGGGAUUGGGAAGGGCCAACCAGCUAUUGGUUACAUGCAGAUCGAGGUGGACAACCCGAUAACUCGUGCCAUGGCCUCUCCAUCUUUUAGACAGGAACAUGGCUCUCCUCAGGUCGUUGCAGUACAUAGGAGCUAUAUUGCCAUGGGCAUGUCCAGUGGAUCUGUUAUCGUCGUCCCAAGCAAAUAUUCCAUCCAUCAAGCUGAUUAUUCAGAUGCAAAGAUGCUGUUCUUUUGGAACCAAGGUGUAAAAACUCAAUCACCAGUGACUGCCACGUGCUUUAACCCGCAAGGGGAUCUUCUGCUAGUAGGAUAUGGUGAUGGUCAUAUGACAAUUUGGGAUGUACAGAAGGCUACUGCAGCAAAAGUCAUAUAUUGUGAGCAUACAGGAGCUGUAGUGCAUGCUUGUUUUAUCAGCCAAUCUAAAGCCAUCACUGGUGAUUCAAAAGGGCUUGUUCUUCUGCACACAUUCUUGAUUAUCCCUGUCAUUAAUCGUUUGACUGUCAAGGGAACCCAGUGCCUUUUUGAUGGACAUAGUGGAAUUGUGCUCUCAGCCUGCCCUCUUCUAGCGGAUGAAUCCUGUGGCUCUGGCAACUCAUCUAUGCAAGGCAACCUAACAACUUCCUCCAGUGGUGGUCUUGGGAGCAUGAUGGGAGGUGUAGUUGGAGUAGAUUCUGGAUGGAAGUUUUUCAAUGAAGGUUCUUCUCCAAUGGAAGAUGGUGUUACAGUCAUGUUCAUUAUGCAUCAACAUGCUCUUGUGGUUAGACUCCGAACCAACAGUGACCAUGUUGACCAUAUUGAGACCUUUUCUAGACCAGAAGGAGCACGAGAAGGGUCAAUUGCUUAUGCUGCAUGGAAAUACACAUCAUCCUCGAGUGAUUCAUCGCCAAUUGAUGAAGACCGAGUAUCUUGGCUUGCGCUUGCAUGGGACCGUCAAGUACAAGUGGCAAAAUUUGUUAAAUCGAAGAUGAUCAAACAUAAGGACUUGAAGCUUGAUAGUGCCGCCGUUGGUGUUGCCUGGUUAAAUGAUCAGAUGUUAGCUGUCCUUAACUUGAGAGGGCAGCUCUGUUUGUUCUCAAAAGAUGGCACUGAGCUUCGCAGGACUAUCUUUAUUCUUGAUGGUUUGGUCUUCGAUGACAGCAUAUUGUACCAUACCCAUUUUUCUAACAGGUUUGGUAACCCUGAGAGGGAUUUUAACAACUCAGUAGCAGUAAGAGGUGCUACAGUAUAUAUUCUUGGCCCAAGCUUUCUUACAGUUUCGCGACUUCUUCCAUGGAAAGAGCGGAUUGAAGCACUAAAGGGGGCUGGUGAUUGGAUAGGUGCAAUGGACAUGGCAAUGAAACUUUAUGGCGGUCACACACAGGGUGUUAUUGAUUUUCCGGGAACAGUUGAUUCUAUAAGGGAAGCCAUAAUGCCGUAUCUAGUAGAGUUGCUGCUGUCAUAUAUAGGUUAUGUCUUUGAAUAUAUUUCAAUUGCAUUAUCAAACCGUACUAAAAAAGGGGGAGCAGCAGAUGGCCUGAUAGACUCAGAUAGAUCCCUCCUGACAGAGAGAGAAGAACAAUAUGCCCGUGUAGGAGGGGUUGCAGUCGAGUUUUGUGUUCACAUUGGACGAAAUGACAUCCUGUUCGAUACAGUCUUUUCUAAGUUUGUUGCUGCUCAAAGUGGAGGUAUGUUUCUGGAGGUACUGGAGCCAUAUAUAUUGAAAGAUAUGCUUGGUUCUUUACCCCCUGAGAUCGUGCAAGCUCUAGUAGAGCAUUAUAGUGGCAAAGGAUGGUUGCAGCGAGUCGAACAAUGCAUUCUUCAUAUGGAUAUUUCAUCACUGGAUUUUAAUCAGGUAGUCAGACUGUGUCGUGAGCAUGGGUUAUAUGGUGCUCUAGUUUAUUUAUUUAACCAAGGCUUGAAUGAUUUCCGUACACCUCUAGAGGAACUUCUAUCUGUUAUCCAGAACACUACUAGAAAAGAUGCUACUUGCUACAGAAUGCUUGUUUAUCUGAAGUAUUGCUUCCAGGGCCUAGCAUUUCCUCCAGGGCAUGGAAUAAUUCCCCGAGCCCAGCUUCAUUCAGUGAGAAAAGAACUUCUGCAAUUCAUGCUUGAAGAGUCUAAAAUGCACACUUCUGAAGUAUUUAAGGGUUUCAGCUAUUCUUCUGGAAAAUGCCCAAACAUAUGCUAUCUACUAUGGAUGGAUACGGAAGCUACUCUGGAAGUUGUCAAGUGUGCUUUUGCACAAGAGAAUUUUGAACCUACUUCUAGUACUGCUGAUACACCUGUGUCCAAGGAUGAAGAUGAUACUAAUAUUGAAAGCCCAGAUAGUCAAAAUAUCUUGUUACAAAGUUUAGUUGACACCAUCAUUCAUAUUGUUGGUUUAGAAAAUGAGGCAAUCCAUUCUAUUUUCGUGGGUAUCGCUGAGUCAGAAGAAUCAAAACUUUGGCCUUCAGUGAAUGAUUUUGGCUAUAUAAUUGAAUUUCUGUCCUUUUUUAUUUCCAGUAGAAGGGCAAAGUCAUCUCAAAGAGUUCUUAAGCACAUUCUUAAAUACUUCAUGUCAUGCAAUACUCCAUCACAUGAUGAUAAAAAGAUGCUAACUCAGAAAGUAGUUCUUCAGCUCUUCAAUGUGGUUCCUCAAACUGACUGGAAUUCUGAUUAUGUGUUGCAUCUUUGUUUAGAUGCCCAUUUUCAUCAGGCAUGUGGCAGGAUAUAUACAGCCAGAAAUCAAAAUUUGUCCGCCUUAGAUAGUUACAUGAAGGAUAUAGUGGAACCAUACCAAGCUUUUAUCUUCAUCAGCAAAAAGUUAUUUCAGUUGGCAGGUGAUGAAGCUUUGUCAUUUCGUUCCACAGUAAUAUCUCGUUUUGCCGAGCUAGUCAAUCUAAGCAGGGAGUGCGCAUUUAUCUUGUUCCUUGAUCAUUUUCAAAAUGAGAUCCAGCAAAUAUUGUCAAAGCUUCGUUCUGCCAAGCGCAGCCACUUUCUUUUCUUGAAAACUGCAAUGGAAGUACACUUGUCAGGCAAACUUGACUUCAGCACACUAACUGCCAGGAACUGUGAAAUUGUUGAACGUCGGUACUUCUCUGGUGAACUCGAAGAUUAUCUGCAGAGAUUAUCAAAUUCCCCAAAGUUGUUUGAACACAAUCUUGUUUCUAUGAUUGAUGAGUUAUUUGAGCCUUAUCCGAAGCUUCUGUGUCAGUAUGAACCAAGGUCAGUCCUGAAGUUUCUAGAGACUUUUGGUAGCUACAAAUUGGGCGAGUGUUUGCAGUUUUGUCUAGAUUAUGGAGUUACAGAUGCUGCUGCAUUUCUGCAAGAGGGGGCUGGUGAUGCUUUGAGUGCGCUGGCACUUGUUCUAGCUGGACUAGAUGAGAAAAUUAGCCAGUUUAUCACUUCAGUGGAAGAUUCGUUUUCUCAGAUAUCCUCGAAGAGUAUCUCUGAAAUUGAGCAACCAGCCAUUGUUUUAAAAAUGAGUGAGGCUCAUCCGGUGCUUGAUGCGUUACGUUCCUCCAUUGGAUUGUGCCAAAGGAAUUCAGAGUGCUCAGGCCCAGAGAAGUCUCAAUUACUUUGGUUUCAACUGCUUGACUCUUUCUCAGAACCACUGAAAAAGUUGUAUGGAAGCAAGGAUGUAAAUGGAAAAGGUUGUUGGUCUGAGCGGGAGGAAACAACGAAUGGAUAUCCAACAGGCAAAGGAUUCUCACAACAGAUGUUGAUUUCAGCUUAUCAAAGGUGUUUGAAUACUCUGCGGAGAGUAUUCUCGCAAUUCGUUGGGGAGAUAAUCGAGGCAAUGGCUGGGUAUAUACCCCUCCCAGAAAUUAUGUCAAAGCUUUUAUCUGACAAUGGGAGUCAAGAAUUUGGUGAUUUUAAACUUGUCAUACAUAGAAUGCUGUCUAUGUAUCUUCAUCAAAAAAGAAUACUGGAAACAGCCAAGUCACUUAUCGAGGAUGAUUCAUUCUAUACCUUGAGUUCAUUAAAGAGAGGGGUUUGUCAUGGAUUUGCUCCACAUACUUUUGUCUGUUGUGUAUGCAACUUCUCACUUUCCAAAGAAGGUGCUAUUUCAGCAGUUCGAGUGUUCAGUUGUGGACAUGCAACCCAUCUUCACUGUGAGUCUGAACAAAGCAAAUCAUCCAUUAAGGAUUUUCAAGACGGAUGUCCAGUUUGUCUCUCGACGAGUGACACGCAAUCCUGGAACAGAUCACCUAUAAUAUCUGAGAAUGGGUUACCUAGGUACCCCGUGGUUGAAAAUGAAGUACCAUACGGCGUCCAUCAUAAUCACGAGACAGAUCAUGUUGAGAGAUCUCGUGGGCUUCAGCAGAUGCCACGGUUUGAAAUACUGAAAAGUCUCCAGAAAGCUCAGAAGUCUUCAUAUUUGAACUGUGCCUCCGUUGAAACUUUUUCCGCCAGCCAUAUAUCAUGAGAAGGUACAUAAGAGAGUAAGUUUGGUGGGAGGUUCCAGCAGAUAUCAAGUUAGAAGUGAAAACCCACAUAUGGCACAUGAAGGAGCCCCAGAAUCAAAAAAGAGAAUAAGUUGGGUGGGAUAAUCCAUCAGACAUUUAGCUAGAAGUGAAAAACCACGGAAAAUAUGGCACAUGAAGGAGAAGAAAUCAGGGAAUAGGUUUCUGCCAAAGUCGAGCAUAAUCGGCAACUCUCUAAUUUGCUCGAUCAACUGAUUAAUAAGAGCGUCACAUAUUGAUCUAAUCUUGGAUUCUUAUGUCUAUAUGCAGGUUCCGACAAGAAUCAAGUGCGGUAGACUAUGCAACGGUGAAAAGGUGCAAACACCUGGGAAAUCUGCUUUGUCCAUUCGUGUAAUGACCUCAAACUACAGGUCGGCUGCUGCUCCGACUGCUAGAGCGAGGAAAAUGAAGUGGGAUGUAAUUCGUGAUAAAGGAGGGAACUGCAUGCAAUGAAGUUCUGGAUAUGGUUCAAGAUGUACUAUCAGCAGAGGCUAUGGCUGUGAAACAUGGCUUCCUCCUAACUCAAUCCUUGGUAUCAUAAUUGAAGUCAGUUCAGAUAACUUGGAAGUUCUAUCUCGGCCCCUGGAAUCGCUUCAACAAUUUUCCAUGGCAUUUAUUCCCCGGAAAAUGAGUCUGCGAAGGCGCACUAUGAUCACUCCCACUCCCAUAGAGAAGCAAACUCAGUUGCUCAUGAACUAGCCAGACUGGUGAAACUUCAAAACUCUUCAUUCUGGCUUGAUGAGCAACCCCUCUAUUAUACCCCUUUUAAUUAGUGAUAUAACACUGCUUUCUACUGUACUCCCUCCGUUCUUAAAUAUAAGUCUUUUUAGAGA